UACAGUAUGGUACAUUUGCACAAGAAAUAUUAAUUUUUGAUAAUGAUAGGUUGUUUCAGUUAUAGAACUACUUUAUGUGUCGCCAUCAUUUCCUUGAUGGUGUUACGAGGCCUUACCGGCGUAAUUCGAGCAACCAUGGCUACUCUAACAGAAGUUUCUUCCAAUAAAAUGUUCGGAGGUUGGCAGAAGGUUUUCAGCCAUGAAAGCUCCGAGGUGAAAUGUACGAUGAAGUUCGGCAUCUAUUUGCCUCCCCAGGCAGAGGGAGGGAAGAUCCCGGUCCUGUACUGGUUGUCUGGCUUGACGUGCACAGAGCAGAAUUUUGUCACCAAAGCGGGCGCCCAGAAAGUAGCUGCUGAGCUCGGCAUCAUCCUUGUCGCCCCAGACACGAGUCCAAGAGGGUGUAACAUUGAGGGGGAAGACGAGAGCUAUGACUUCGGGUCAGGAGCUGGCUUCUACGUUGAUGCCACGCAGGAGAAGUGGAAGACCAACUACAGGAUGUACUCGUACAUCACUAAGGAGCUCCCAGCUCUCAUCAACUCCAACUUCCCCGUCUUGUCCGAUAAGCAGGGAGUCACCGGGCACAGUAUGGGAGGCCACGGGGCCCUGAUCUGUGCCUUGAAGAACCCAGGCCUGUACAAGUCCGUGUCAGCCUUCGCUCCCAUCACCAACCCAGUCAACUGCCCCUGGGGCCAGAAGGCCUUCUCUGGUUACCUAGGUGACAACAAGGAGGCGUGGCAGGAAUACGAUGCAUGCUGCCUCGUCAAGAAGUACAACGGUCCUCCCCUGGAGAUCCUCGUGGACCAGGGUAAAAGUGACAACUUCCUCACCCAGAACCAGCUUCUCCCUGACAACCUGACGCAGGCGUGUGCGGAGAGCAAGAUGCCCAUCGUCAUGAGGAUGCAGGAGGGGUAUGACCACAGCUACUUCUUCAUCGCCUCCUUCAUCGACGACCACAUCAGGCAUCAUGCACGAUUCCUCAAGGCCUAGGGGAGAUAACUCUGUCCAGAAUGAAACUGCAGUAUUCUGUAGCCAAUGCCUGUGUUUUAUUCUGUUACACAUAAAUGUUCUGUUGAUGUCUGGAGUAACUGGCUACUGCCACAGUGAUUGUUUCAUGAUGGAGAUAAGAUUGAGUGGCAUAUAAUGUCCAAUUAUUUGCACAUAAUUUACUCAUUAAUCAUUGGGAGCUAAGAAUGUGUGAUCAGCUGAAAAAUUACAGAUGCAGCAUAAAAUUCUCUUUGCACCUGAUCAGGAUUACCUCCCUUUCCCUGGUAGACGUGGAAGACUGUACUCUCCUAUUGUGAAGGUGGGAAUGGGUUGAUUUACUGAUUGAUCCCCAGAGAUUGUUAAGAUUGGUUAUAAUUAAAAAAUGACCGGUGCAUUUAUGUUUCAGUUUUCCAUGGAUUUUAAUUGAUAUAUGUGUUUGUUGGGUUAGAGCAUGUUGCCUGGAUAUUACAUGAACGUAUCGAGGUAUUUAGCAGCCUGCUCAAUUAGCACCACAACAUGGUGUGGAGACAUUAUUUCCUCUUUGUCUGGAAUAAACACAAAUAUUGUCCUGUGGUGGAAGUGGACUAGGGCCAAACUUUAAACUGGUUCAUAGAUUCAUGGGGGGUGGGGGGUGAUGAUGUAAAACUUAAAGCAGAUUCUUUUAUUCCACAAAAUGUAAACUGAUGUGCUCGGUGCAUACACAUGGUCCGCCUGCAAGACAAGUUUAGCUAAAACUGCCUGUCUAGGACAACGCACCCAGAUAACUUCUAAAAACAAACUCUGUAAUGUCCUUUUCGUUUUAUUUUCGGUUGACUGAUCUAUAAACACUCUGUAAACCGAGACAAUAAAAUAAAGUCAAAGAAUAAAGUUUGAAUGCAGCACGUGGCAUUGGAAACCUUUUGGCCCCCAAGGGUCUUGACACUUGGAAUAUCAAAAUCCUUCGACACAUGGAACUGCAGUGUGUUUUAACACUUGGUUCAACACCAAGGAUGUUAUUUUAUAUACACAGAAUAAAACCUUUUGUAAACUA